AUGAACCUGAAAUCUGAACGCAGAGGAAUUCACGUUGAUCAGUCAGAGCUACUGUGCAAGAAAGGAUGUGGUUACUAUGGCAAUCCUGCUUGGCAGGGAUUUUGCUCCAAGUGCUGGAGAGAGGAAUACCAUAAGGCCAGGCAGAAACAGAUUCAAGAGGAUUGGGAGCUGGCAGAGCGGCUUCAGCGUGAGGAGGAAGAAGCAUAUGCCAGUAGUCAGAGUACCCAAGGGGCCCAGUCACUGACCUUUUCAAAAUUUGAAGAAAAGAAAACCAAUGAGAAAACACGAAAGGUCACUACUGUGAAGAAGUUCUUCACUGCUUCUUCCAGAACAGGAGCUAAGAAGGUGGCUCAAGAGAAAAUCGUUAAGCAAGGACAGCUUGGGAGGGAGCGAAAUGCUGAUAACAUUCUCAGGGAUUUGAAGGAGAUUUUUACUCCCUCCUGGGAACUGGCUUCCCCUACUGAAGUGUUGGCUGGCAAGUUGAAAGAGAUCCAAGAAGCCAAGGCUCCCAGCCCUUCUAUAAACAGGCAGGCUAGCAUCGAGACAGAUCGAGUAUCCAAGGAAUUCAUAGAAUUUCUCAAGACAUAUCAUAAACCUGGACAAGAUAUCUAUAAGCAAUGUAAACUAUUUUUGGACACAAUGAAUCAUAAAAGGGACUUAAGUAUUGAGGAGCAAUCUGAAUGUGCCCAGGACUUCUAUCAAAAUGUAGCAGAGAAAUUACAGACACGUUGGAAAGUGCCCCCUGAAAAAGUUGAGAAAGCAAUGGAUCAGAUUGAAAAAUACAUUAUGACUCGACAGUAUAAAUAUGUCUUUUGCCCUGAGACAACUGAUGAUGAGAAGAAAGAUCUUGCUGUCCAAAAGAGAAUCAGGGCUUUGCACUGGGUAACUCCGCAAAUGCUGUGUGUUCCUGUCAAUGAAGAAAUUCCAGAAGUCUCUGAUAUGGUUGUAAAAGCAAUUACAGAUAUUAUUGAAAUGGAUUCCAAGCGUGUCCCUCGUGAUAAAUUAGCAUGCAUCACCAAGUGCAGCAAGCAUAUAUUUAAUGCUAUUAAAAUCACAAAAAAUGAACCAGCUUCUGCUGAUGACUUUCUUCCUACACUUAUAUACAUUGUUUUGAAGGGAAACCCACCUCGCUUGCAGUCUAACAUCCAGUAUAUAACACGCUUUUGUAAUCCAAGCAGGUUAAUGACAGGAGAAGACGGCUACUAUUUUACCAAUCUGUGCUGUGCUGUGGCCUUCAUUGAAAAACUGGAUGCUCAGUCUUUAAAUUUAAGUCAAGAAGAUUUUGAUCGGUUUAUGACUGGUCAGACAUCCCCGAAGAAGCAAGAAUCUGACAGUUUUUCACCUGAUGUGUGCCUGGGUGUUAAGCAAAUGUAUAAAAACUUAGACCUACUAUCUCAGUUGAAUGAGAGACAGGAAAGAAUUGUCAGUGAAGCCAAGAAGCUUGAGAAAGACCUAAUAGAUUGGACUGAUGGAAUUACAAAGGAAGUCCAAGAUAUUGUCGAGAAAUAUCCACUAGAAAUAAAACCAAAAAAUCAAGCCUUAGCAGCUAUUGACUCUGAAAAUGUGGAGAAUGACAAGCUGCCCCCACCACUGCAGCCUCAGGUUUAUGCAGGAUAAUUAUCAGUGUUAACUUUGAAAAGCAUCAUUACCCUCACCUAGUACUAUCUGUUACUUGGGAAGGGAAGUAAAUUUAAGGCUAAAAAUCAGAUGAGCUUAAAUCAGUACAUUUUUAAAGAUACAUUUUUUUUUUUGUUAAAUGUAAUGAAUUGUAUUUAUUUUAGUCAAGUAGAUUUCUAUUAGGUUUUUGUGAGUUUUUGAACUGAAUUUAAAUUUUCUACACAAACCGGUGUAAUUUUUAAGCAACACUAGUCCAUUGACAUCUUUCUUGA